GGAAGAUGAAUGACGCCACAAUAUGAGCACGUGAUGUGACAUCAGAAUUAAUAAUGAUCGUCUCGGAGAAGACUUAAAGAGAGACUCAUCCUUCUUCCUUUCCUACUCCCAUCUCCAUCAGAAAUAUCGAAGUCUCACCAUGGCCAACACUCUUCCUGACCUCCCUUACUCCUACGAUGCUCUCGAGCCCUUCAUUUCUCGUCAAAUCAUGGAGCUUCACCACAAGAAGCACCACCAGACCUAUGUCAAUGCGCUGAAUGCAGCUGAGGCUGCCUACGCAAAGGCAUCGUCUGCCAAGGAACGUAUCGCCCUCCAGGCUGCCCUCAAGUUCAAUGGUGGUGGACACAUCAACCACUCGCUCUUCUGGAAGAACCUUGCUCCCGCUCACUCUGAGGGCAAGGGAAAUGGCGGAGUCCUGCCUGCAGGAUCUCUCAAGGAUGCCAUUGAGAAGACUUUUGGCAGUGGAUCUGGCUGGGGUUGGCUCGGACUCAACCCCACUACUAAGCGCCUUGAGAUCGUCACCACCGCCAACCAGGACCCUCUUCUGACUCACGUCCCCAUCAUUGGUUACCUCAACGUCAAGGCUGACUACUUGAACGCCAUCUGGUCCGUUAUCAACUUUGAGGAAGCCCAGAAGCGCUAUGAUGAAGGAUUUGCUGCCAAGCUCUAAGUCUGUUUUAUGCGAGAAGAAAGAGGAAAGAAGACAGAAAUUGUAUUACCUCGGAGGGACUAACUGAUUAUCCUGUAUUGCCUACGCACUCAAAAAUUGCAUAAACGUUUUUCUUUUCGUGGAGGUGGUC